UCUCCUCUCACAACAACUCUCUUUGCACAUAUCGUCAGCACUUUGAAGAACCAUCCCACAUUCUACAACAGUCUCUCUGAGUCAAGUCUCUCUUUCAAACACCUCCAAUUGUAAGUAUUUACCCUCUGGAAUGUGCUGGCGCGUUGAGUCGCGUCCCCCUGAUUCACUCUUCUCCCUUGAAGCGCAAAUUGCGAGCAUUCCGUACGUCCCGGCGACUAAUUCGAGGUUUCCACUCUACAGAACAAUCGUUCGAUCUUCGACUUCAAUACCUACUCGAUUCUAAUACCUUCACAACCGUCAAAAUGCAAUUCUCAUACGCUCUUAUUGCCGCCGCAGCUUGCGCUGUCGCCAAUGCUGUCAUCAUCACAAAUGGUCCGGCAUCGUUCGUCGGUGUUACAGCCGGCAAGGCUUUCAACAUCUCCUGGUCUGGAGCAGAGGGACCAGUUGAUCUCACCUUGAAGACUGGAGAGGCCAAUGCCUUGACCACUGUCAGCCCUAUUGCUUCCGGUCUCACUGGCACAUCCUACGCAUGGCUCAUCCCAGCUACUCUCCCCGUCGGCACCUACGCUCUCGAGAUUGAGGAUUCUACCAAUGUCCCCAACUACAGUGUCCGCUUCGAGAUUACUGGAGGCCCAGCUUCUUCCAGCUCUGCUUCCGGAUCUUCCACAUCUACUGGAUCUUCCUCGUCUGCUUCUGCUUCCGCCUCUGCCACCACCGGCUCAAACUCCACAAUUACUUCCUCGAGCGGUUCAUCCACCCGUACUGGAAGCACCACCAGUGGAUCUGCCUCAAGAACCGCCACUACCACCAGCGCCUCUGGAUCCAGCACCGCCAGCGCACCACCCAACACCAACGCCGGCGCCAGCUUCGCCUCCCCAUUGGCAUUCGUCCUCUUGGCCUUCGCUGCCCUGAUGACCCUCAACUAAACGCCCCUUUCAUAUCCCACUACCUACACGAUUCACCAAUGUCUAAUUUACGAAAAAAGCUUCAGGGGGAGAUAUGUUAGUUCUUUCAAGGUCAUAAUCACGGCAUAGCGCAUACAUGUAUUGAUUUACUCGGAUCUUUGAUUGUGGUCUGUAAAGAUGGCAUGAUUUCGAUCUGUUGAGUACAAAAGGGGGGGAUGGAAAUCCAUGGUCAGGUAGCGGUUUGCUCCUCUUUCUUUCAGCUGCGGGAUCAUCUGGACGGCGCAAUUGUAAGAGAUACAUCACAUCAAUCACGCCAAUUAAGUAUAAAAUCGCCAACUGGCACUGUGUUCGGACGAGUGGAAACGUAGAUAGUUGGGACUGGAUUAAUCAAUCAAACCAGCGUUCAGA